AUGGUAUAUACUAGUAAUUACUCUGGUGACGAAAGAGUCGAUUUAUUGCAACUGGAACUUGAAAGAUCGAUUGAAACCUUUGAUUCAGCUUAUGAAUUACUUCAAUUUAAUGAACAAUUAAUAAAUAAUGAUAAUAAAGAAGGCUUACAAGCAAUAAAGAAGAAGUUUAUAUUGGAUUCUUUUAAAGUUAAUAAAACUUAUAAAGAUUAUAAACAAUGGGAAUUUGAACAAAAACAGACAUUCAUUGAAAAUGAUAUUCAAGAAUAUAAUAAGAUGUUAGGAAAGAUGUUUAGAGUUAAUGAUAAUUUAGAAACUUUGAAUGAAGAUUUUGAAAAUUUAUCUUCUUCGGUACGAUUGCCUUCAUUUAAAUUUUCAAUAAAAACUUUAGAAUUAUAUGGAAAUGAAUCAUUAUUAAAUUCGAUUGUUAAAGAUUCACAGGGGGAAUAUCCAAGAAUUGUAAAAUUAGAUCAAAUGUUUUCUUUAGAUCCAUCAUCUUCACUACCUUUUCCUGAUUAUAAAGUAAUAAAUCAACUUAUAAAUCUUGAAUAUCGUCUAAGAAUUGAAAGAAGAUUGAAAUAUGAAGUAUUGAAAUUAAUCAAGAAUCAAAUCUUAGUUGAAAAUAGUCGUUGGACAACUAGAAAUAAUUAUUUGGAUGAUUUCCUUAAUAAACAAUUAGCUGGUGCAAUUGAAGAAGUUGACAAAAUCAAAAAUGAAACUGUGAAAGAACGCGACAUUAGUUCUGAAAGUUCUGAAGAUGAAGAAGUAGAAGAAGAAGAAGAGCUGGAAAUUAUCCGGGAAAUUGAACAAGAAACAGAAAGACACGACCAACACCGUGAAGAUGAUCAUGAUCAUGAUCAUGAGGAUGAAAUUGAAAUCAUAGAAAUAAAGUCUGGUGACGAGGAAUAUCAUCACAAUAGUAAUAUUGAUCAUAGUUUCGACAACGAUAAUGGUUCCGACACUGAUGAUACUGAUAGUAUACCUUUAGGUUCCUUAAGUAAUGUCACAAAACAUGCAAGACCCGAACCUACAAAUUCGGAAGCCGAAUCCGAAGAUGAUGACGAAAUGUUACUCGAUAGUUAA